AGGCUGACAGACACACAGCAGUGUUCUUUCUAACUUCUCUGCCAUAUCCUGUCUUCCUAUCUAGACAGGUUGACUGUUUCUUAGUUCAGGGAGUUUGUUUUAAUUGUUUUAAGCUGAGAGGUUGACUGUUGACAGUUAUCUUUCUGACUUUCCAGCUCUUCCUCUCAUUCACUUGGACCUUCUGUGUUUUCAUCACUUGGAUUCUACUCUCUCUUCUUAGAUUUUCCUGCCUUGUUUUUUUCAUCUCCUCUGAGCAUAACAUCCUCUCCCUUUCCCCCUUCACCCUCUCUUGUCCUCCCAUCUCCCCACCGUUCCCUCUGUCCUGGUGGUUUUUCGGGCUAUGCACCAUGCUCUCUUCUCCUACAAUGAUUCUUCAGCCUUACGGACUGCCCGUCUAUCCCCAGGGUGCCCAAUGUUACCCCAGCCUAGUACAGGGAGGCCCUGGGCAGGAGGCCGGCCCCGGCAGUGGUGACCCCACCCUCCCACAGGUCUAUGCCCAGCCUCCCUCAUACCCUCCACCAGGACAAGCUCCUCCCACACCUGCAGGCAGACUUCCUCCUCUAGACUAUAGUCCCGCCCACCCCAACUCAGAGUACCAGGAGCAUCACCAGCUCAGAGUCUAUCAGGGGCCGCAACACGAAGGGGCUGACACUCUGGCAGCCAUUAGCACGGACAAUGCCCUGGUUCCGGUGACCUCUGACUCCCAGGCUCUGAGCGUGUCAGUGUCAUCAGGGGGUGGAGCAGGAAGUGGUAGCGAUGAGGAGGGGUCAGGCAAGGCCCAGCCCAAGCGUCUCCACGUUUCCAACAUCCCCUUCCGCUUCAGAGACCCGGACCUCAGACAGAUGUUUGGGCAAUUUGGCAAGAUCCUGGAUGUGGAGAUUAUCUUUAAUGAGAGAGGGUCAAAGGGUUUUGGGUUCGUGACCUUUGAGAGCGCAAUGGAGGCAGACCGAGCAAGGGAAAAACUGAACGGAACUAUCGUUGAGGGGAGGAAGGUUGAGGUAAACAAUGCUACAGCCAGAAUAGUCACCAAGAAACCCCAAACACCACUUGUGAAUGGUGAAGUUUCAACCCCUGGAUGGAAGAUCAACCCUGUCAUGGGAGCGAUGUAUGCACCUGAACUCUACACCGGUGAGUUUCAAUUUGCCAGUUUCCCCUACCCCGUAGCUGCUCCCACCCUGGCCUAUCGGGGCUCACCACUGCGUGGGCGGGGCCGGGCUGUCUACAACACAAUUCGCUCAGCUGCUGCAGUCCCACCCACUGCCAUGCCCGCCUACCCUGGAAUGUCUCCUUUCAGUGUGCUGUACCAAGAUGGAUUAUAUGGAGCUGAAGUCUAUGGCGGGUAUCCUGCAGCGUACAGAGUUGCCCAAUCACCAUCCGCUGCCACAGCAACAUACAGUGAUGGAUAUGGCCGAGUUUAUGCUGCUGCAACGGAUCCCUACCACCAUUCAGUGGGACCCACGGCAACAUACGGCGUCGGAACAAUGGCCAGUCUGUACAGAGGAGGAUACAACCGCUUCACCCCUUACUGAGCUGCCCAAUGGGAGCCUGGAAGCCGUUCUGUGACCCCGCCACCUCAUCCGGGAUUGGCCAGUCCCAGGACAAUAACUCAGGACAGGUUAUGACAUCACUGAGCUCUGUGUCACCUCCUGUCUGACUCCCUCCACCCUCCACUUGUCAAAUCCAACCGACUGAACGUGUAAAUACUGUAGUAGUUAUUAACGAUUUAUUCUAUCAGAGAAUACAUAUAGAAUAAAGAGCCUGAUCUAAUGUAUAGACAGUUAUUUAAAAUCUUUAUUUUACACUUAAUCUGUAUUGUUUGUGCCACAGAUUUGUUCCAGGGUUUAAGAAUGUAAAGAUUUCUGCCUCCGUACCUGGGUUAUAAGCUACUCUUUCACUAUUUUAACAGAGAGAGUUGAAUGUGAGCCAUUUUAUUUUUCAUUGGCUGGACUUCAUGGUGAAAUACUGCAACUCAAGUGGCACAACAAUACUGGUUUCUCUACAUGGUGACAUUUUAUACAGUUAAAUAACUUAUUUUGAUGAGUUUUGUUAAUGAUGUAGCACACUGUUUGAGGACGUUGAAGUGUGUGUGUGUGCUUGUGUGUUGGAGUAUGUGACGACAUCAAUACUCAAAGCACAAGCUAUGAGAGACAGCAAUGACACUGGUAUUGUUAAUGUGCACAGUAAAAGUUUUUGAAAUGCUUCUAGAACCAGAAAACUAUAAUUUGCAUAAAAUGUACGUAUGCUUUUGCUUUCCUAACAAUCUACCUCUGAUUCUGAAAAAGUUUCACUUGUCAAAAAAGCAUUCAGGAGCCAUUACUUCUCUCAACUAAUUAACUGUAACAAAACAUUUUUUCUUAUUUUCAUUGUUGAGCUUCUAUCCAUCUUCUCUCUGCUUUGCAUAAUGCUCAACCCACUUUAUCCUUUUUCUAUGGCAGCCUCAUUCUGGGUUUUACUCCACUCUGCCUGACGAGCCUGUAAUCUCUAAUGUGCUUUCCUUGAUUUCCUCUGUCCUGUUAAACUCUAUGACGUCUGGUUUCCUCUUCCUGUUCUCUCGCCUGCUUCUCUCCAUUCUGUUUGAGAAUCUGUGUUCCAUCCAUAGAAAUAAUCGGAUGAGUUCUAGUUCUAUGGGUCAUCUCUCCUUCUCCAUCCUGUACUCUAGCUUCACUGUUGUUUAUUUGCUGUUGAUCUCUCAAUAAAACAUUGUUUCUGUU